AUGUCCAACGGAACGCCCUACUUCCUACCCGCCGAAAAGGCCCAAGGCCUAGCAAACUACCCGCACGCCCGCUUCGCGCCCACAACCGCACACCGCACCCUGUACGUCUCCGGCACCUCUUCCCGCCGCGGCGACGGCACCUGGGACGGCGUGACCGAACACGCAGACGGCACCUGGACACUCGACAUUCGCGCCCAAACAGCCGCAGUCCUCCGCAACAUCGAGAGUAUCAUCCAAGGCGCGACGGACGGCCGCGGCGGGCUGCAGAACAUCGUCGACGCGACGGUUUUCCUGAUCGACCUGCCGCAGAAUUACAGCGGGAUGAACGAGGAGUGGAACAAGGUCUGGCCGGAUCGGGCGAAUGCACCAGCCAGGACAACGAUUGGGGUGAAGGAGCUGCCGAAUCCGAGGCUAUUGGUGGAAAUUAAAUGUACGGCGGUGGUUGAAGUAUGA